AUGGCUCCAAAGCAUGGCGUGAUACUUGCUAAACCUUCAUUUCGAAGCGCGACGAAACCCGGUCACAAAAGAUCACAGAUCACAGCAAUGGCGCAUUGGGGCCCAAAGGUGCUGUACUUCGGGGCUGGCUUGUGGUGGUGCUUCACGCCGAUGUACCUCUUCGCCUAUGAAAUGGUGCAGCUGAUGGGACAAGAGAAGCCGACCGGUUUGGAGGUGUUACUCAUCAAAGCCUUGGCUAUGUACUGCUUAUUCCUGGGAGUCGGCUGCUUCUUGGCCGCGCGAAGCGAGAGCUUCAUCGCAUGCGCCGUAUCCUUGUGGACCAUGCUGGGAAUCUGCGCCUACUUUGCCUUUGUAUUCUACCCCUUCGACGUCCGUCUCGCCAACAGUCCCUACUUCGGGACACCCGCCUACUUCGCCAUUUGGUCCUCCUGGAUCCUGAGCGUGCUGCUUGUUGUGGCAGCCCUUGUUCAUGAUUACCGCCUGCCGAUAGGAGAAAAGCUCUGCUAG